AUGGUGAAACAGGCUCUAAUCCUUUCCCUCGAUUUAUCUCCAGAAAUAGAUAUAAAUGCAAAAAGAUUCAGAUGCUCGCCUUCGUCAGACACUGCAUAUGCCCAUCUUCGUGAUCCUUUUCCUUCUACCACUUCUCCAUCUGAAGGUGAGCUGUCUUCACCUUCUCCCGUGGAGCACUCAACUAGUUCAGUUGUGGAGUUGGAUACUGAUACAGCAGCUGAAGCUGGUACCUUAACUCGCAGCAAGGUCAUCGUUUGUCCACGUAAGUCAAGCAUGGCAUUUACUGAUGGUGCUACUGAAUUGCCUUUUAGCGAUGACAAAUGGGUGGCGUUGAGGGUGGACAUAAAUCAGAGUAGUUGACUAUCUACAUAUUCCUGUCCUGUUUCUUUUGUUAUGGCUGUUACCUUUGGGUAGUUUGUUUUAACCUUGAAUAACUAAUACGUUUUAACGAAAUUUCCUGGUGAGGAAUGAUCUAGUCUUUUUCCAGUGUAGAUAUCAAAACGUAUGGUUCACCCUAAGCUAGAGAGUAGUUUUGCUCAGUUGAUUCAGUUGUCUUGUGGGGGUUUACAUUUCUCAUGAAAUUGUUGGGCAACUCGGAUUAGGUCUCGGGUCCCACAAUGCAUGUGUUUUUGGAUAAAUUUACACGUUAAAUUUACGUUGUAGGUACGAGUUUAAAGGGGUUACAGUUGGAAUGAUU